GGCAUAUUGCCAAUGGUGAAACUGAUUGAUGAUGAUUUUGAGUCUUCAUAUGAUUUCAUUGCUAAUGAUGGUACUGUAUUUACACUAAAGACUGAUUAUCAAGCACCUAAAUAUCAACUGAUCAAUGUUGACAUCAACAAACCUAACAAGUCUGAUUGGCGUGUGUUGGUGCCAGGUGGAGAGGUUGAUGUCCUGGAGUGGGCAGCAGCUGCCAAUGAUAAUAACCUGGUCCUCUGUUUCCUUAGAGAUGUCAAGUCAGUUCUUAUGCUCUACGAUAUGUAUGGUAAAGUUAUAACUAACUUUCCACUUGACAUGGGAUCAGUGACCGGCUAUUCCGGUAAACGGAAUCAGUCCGAGAUAUUUUAUCGCUUCAUGUCAUUCCUCACUCCUGGAAUGAUAUAUCACUGUGAUCUCAGGAACUAUCCUCUUAAAACUGAGAUAUUUCGUGAGAUUAAAGUGGUUGGCUUUGACAGCUCCAUAUUUGAAACGAAACAGGUUUUCUUUCCAAGCAAAGAUGGCACCAAAAUCCCAAUGUUCAUUGUCCAUAGGGAGGUAUAGCAUUAUGAUGAUGAAUUGCU